AUGGAGGUGAUAUCGAAUGGGCAUGGAGAGCAAGUAGACGCCGUGACGGGGUUUCGGCGCUUCCCGAAUACGCCGCACAUGACACACAUCGUCUUCCGCCCCUCAAAGAGCGUGGCUGCCCCGUCUACCACCGUUGUGUCACCAUCGACCUUGGGCAUCCACAAUACCUACAAAGGAUUGACGCCCAAUGCCCUUGUGCCCAGGGGAGGCUACAAGGGCCCCGUGGUCGAUGACUUUCCUUCACGUCCGCAAACGCCGCGCAGCACGAAUUCAAUCGCGUCGCUGCCGCCGCUUCUGCCGGCGGACCGUCCCUCGGUUGGACCCAGCGAGGCCUUUCGCGAACGAGGUGUUGAGCACUUCCGAGAGUGGGUGACGGGGUCCACUCGCUCGUCCGCGUCUACGUCUGACAGCGGCAACACAGCCACGGCUGCAGCCAACGAUCAUGCGCCUAGUUCUCUCGAACUUGCCAGUGCAUCGGCGCAAGCACCUACAUGCGGCACAGAGAGCGACCAGAGGCGCCCCUCGACUACAGCACCGCCUGGUACGCUAGCCCUGGAGAAGAUAGGGCGUGUGUCGUCGGAUCACGGCCCGUCGGUGUCUCUCUCUCCAGAGUCGCUACACUUCGCACGCUCACCUAACUCAAAGUCCCCUUUUAUCUCGUCGCCAGCACUGGAGGUGCCCACUGAAGCCACAGUGGAUGCAGCCCUUCAUCGACUGCGCGACGCACUGGCGCAGGCGCAGUGCAUGCUUGAUAAAUCAAGGGCGUCUGGGGGUGCACGUGCGCUUCCGCCGCCGCCGACGAUGCCAUCCGAGUUUACAGAGCCUGCGCAGCAUCAGGAACACACAGCAGCCUUUCCUACCCCCACAUUCAUCUGUGGUUCCACUGGUGGAGAGAUGAUGCAGGAGGAUUCACUGGACUGCGUCUCACCACUCUUGAGCACGCACGCGGCACUCCAUACCUCCCCCUCAACAGAGCAGCGAGUGAGUUCACUUUUGGCGACCUCCUUCACGUCUCCCAUUGCUAAGGCCCCCGACGUUGUCGCGGUGCCUGACGAAACGCGCUUUAUGGUGCUGUGCACCGUCACUCAUCCGUCUGCAAUCCUGAACCGCCGCCUCCGUCACCGUGGGCCAGUAGCGAGAGCGUCUCAAGAAGGGCUGGGCCGUCUUUCGACUCAUUCGUUGUUUCCCACGUGCGCAGAGGCAGGUGCGAGAGGUACGUCCCCACGCCGCAUCGCCGAGGUGCAGCGCUCAUCUGUCAGUGUGGGUGCAUCCCCUUUGACACCAUUGAUGACAACAGUACGCGAACCUCAGCGCUCGCCCUCGCCAAACGCAGGCAGCGAUGGUCAUCCCAGCUCGCGUACAUCCACACAGCGAAGACCGACUGAGAGGUCUGUUAGACGUUUGCUGCACAAGGACCCGUCACUAAUCCCGGGACUCGCCGAGUUUUUACGAGCUGGAAAUCCCAACGGCUUCUCAUCCCUCAACGCAGCUACCCACACCAAGACGUCUACACUGGCGAACGCGUCAUCCUCAGCGCGCGGCCCUCAUCGCCGCCCUGGACCCCCUGUAGCCGCCGCUUCCGCCUCUACUGUGCCGCUUGGUCAUGCGCCACAGCUGUUGCUGCGCCGUGACUCCAGUGUCACCGCACAGUCACAGACUGACUGCGCCGUGACAUCAUCGUCUCACCUGCCAUACACGCCUACCGAAGGGAGUGCGGCAGUAAUGGACGUCUCUCCGCGCCGCGAACGUGCCCGCGCCCGCCGCAUAGACUCGAUACCCAGUUACGCGCAACCGACACUGAGCUGGCUUUCCAAGGGGUCUGAGGCUUCCGCGGAUGAGUUCCCAGUUAGUCGUGUAGCCUCGCCGCAGACGAGCCCAUUGAAGGACCUGGCGGCGGCGCCGUGCGAAGGCGCCCUUAGUCAACAUGAGAGACAGUAG